AGACCUUCAUCACUGUCCCUCUCUCAGACCUUCAUCACUGUUCCUCUCUCAGACCUUCAUCACUGUCCCUCUCUCAGACCUUCAUCACUGUCCCUCUCUCAGACCUUCAUCACGGUCCCUCUCUGACCUUCAUCACUGUUUCUCUCUGACCUUCAUCACUGUCCCUUUCUCAGACCUUCAUCACUGUCCCUCUCUCAGACCUUCAUCACUGUCCCUCUCUCAGACCUUCAUCACUGUCCCUCUCUCAGACCUUCAUCACUGUCCCUCUCUCAGACCUUCAUCACUGUCCCCCUCUGAUCUUCAUCACUGUCCCUCUCUCAGACCUUCAUCACUGUCCCUCUCUCAGACCUUCAUCACUGUCCCUCUCUCAGACCUUCAUCACUGUCCCUCUCUCAGACCUUCAUCACUGUCCCUCUCUCAGACCUUCAUCACUGUCCCUCUCUCAGACCUUCAUCACUGUCCCUCUCUCAAACCUUCGUCACUGUCCCUCUCUCAAACCUUCAUCACUGUCCCUCUCUCAGACCUUCAUCACUGUCCCUCUCUCAGACCUUCAUCACUGUCCCUCUCUCAGACCUUCAUCACUGUCCCUCUCUCAGACCUUCAUCAUCAGACCAUACUGGAGCUGAGUCAGUGUCCUUGCUCCCUGACACGGACAUAGAUUGUAUUUAGCCAUUGUGUGUCAUAACCUCAACAUUAUAAUUAAUAGUAUCUACAUAACAGAGGUUAUCUUCAACAUUACUAUUCAUAGUAUCUAUAUAACAGAGGUUAUCUUCAACAUUACUAUUCAUAGUAUCUAUAUAACAGAGGUUAUCGUCAACAUUACUAUUCAUAGUAUCUAUAUAACAGAGGUUAUCGUCAACAUUACUAUUCAUAGUAUCUACAACAGAGGUUAUCGUCAACAUUAUCAUUAAUAGUAUCUAUAUAACAGAGGUUAUCCCCAACAUGAUCAUUCAUAGUAUCUAUAUAACAGAGGUUAUCCUCAACAUUACUAUUCAUAGUAUCUAUAUAACAGAGGUUAUCCCCAACAUUAUCAUUCCUAGUAUCUAUAUAACAGAGGUUAUCCCCAACAUUAUCAUUCAUAGUAUCUAUAAAACAGAGGUUAUCGUCAACAUUAUCAUUCCUAGUUAUGCUCCAACCAUGGAGAGAUAUAGGUUACCAUUCUCCUACUGAUCUGUUCCUAGUUAUGCUCCAACCAUGGAGAGAUAUAGGUUACCAUUCUCCUACUGAUCUGUUCCUAGUUAUGCUCCAACCAUGGAGAGAUAUAGGUUACCAUUCUCCUACUGAUCUGUUUCUCCCACUAGGUCUAUUACAUGUUUUUAUUAGAUCCAUGGUAUGUUACUGAACAACUACUAUUAGGCCAUAACAUGGAAUUGGAAGAUUGCCUGUCCUUACCCCCCACUGGGCACACUGGUUGAAUCAACAUUAUAUCCUUGUCAUUUAAAUUAAACGACAUUGCAAGUUAGAAUAUAAUUGACUUCUGUGCCCAGUGGGCCACUUUUUCACAGUUUAGUCAUGUAACCACAUUUGAAAUGACAGGAAGUUGAGAUUCUUUUGAUUUCACAGUGUGUAGACCUAUAAGGGGCGGCAGGGUAGCCUAGUGGUUAGAGCGUUGGACUAGUAGGUUGCGAGUUCAAACCCCCGAGCUGACAAGGUACAAAUCUGUCGUUCUGCCCCUGAACAGGCAGUUAACCCACUGUUCCCAGGCCGUCAUUGAAAAUAAGAAUUUGUUCUUAACUGACUUGCCUGGUUAAAUAAAGGUAAAAUAAAAUAAAUAAAAAUAAAAAUUAUCAUUAUUAGCAGCAGUUCGAGAGGAAUGUUUGAAGCCCUGUAGCAUAGCCCAUUAUGUACAGUCCAGUUCUCUACAGUUCUAGGUGUUGGAUUUCAGUCUGAUAAAAUGGGAAUUCCCGAUAUCGUUAGAUAGUCUUUGUUUUUGCUCUUAGUUGUUUGUAUAUCUGUUAUCGCACCGCUCCACUCUGGCGGGGGUCCGUCCGACGCUGCAGUUAUUUUUUACAGAGCGCGUAAGGAACCUCCACUUGUCCUACGUCACAACACGUAAAGUUCUUCUCUUUCUGCCGCAGAGUUGAAACAAGGUGUCGGGUUAAGACCGCACGACUAUAAAGGAGAGGGGCAGGCAGGCUGGACACAACCAAAUAGAUAGACCGUCUGAAAGUAAGGAGAAUAUCGGAAUUUUUAGUCUAAACACAUCUCAUUUUUUUAUUCCCAGCGGUGCAUUAUUGUGUUUCCAAACGAUGUUCUCUUUAAUUUGUAUUUAAAUGGAUAACCAAUAGUUAAUGUAUUAAUAUGGGAAUUGUAUUUUUCCCUUGUUCAUUUCUGUUCAUUGGAAAUAGUUUAUUUCUCUUCUAUGUUUGCGUUGCAAAGUCGAUUGUAUUUAUCACGAAGAUGGAUAAAUGUCUGAUUUGAUCAUAUCUGUACUUGUAGGUGUUGAAACAACGAGUGGCAGAAUGACGGUUUGUUGUGAGUCGUGUGAAAGUCCAUGGAGCAGUGAGCGCAGCGCCUUUCAUCUGUUCAGCGGGGAGACAGAAAGCCGCCUGGGACUCUGCAAGAGAUUCAGGUCUACUAAGGGAGCGUCUAAAGCCAGGAGGGACCAGAUGAACUCUGAGAUCAGGAACAUGAGAACUCUGCUCCCCAUCCCUCAGGAGGACCAGGACAGACUGUCAUACCUCCACAGCAUGGCUGUUAUCACAGCAUACAUCAGGAAGAGCUUUCUGUAUAAGGGAUUAUCAGCUGAUCAGAGUCGUCUCUCCUCUUCCUCCUCCUAUCCUCUGUACGAGACCUUCCUCCCGGCCGUGCAUGGUUUCAUUCUGAUCCUCUCCUCCCGGGGCAGGCUGGUCUACGUCUCUGAGAACGUCUCUGAUUACCUGGGGCUCUCCAUGGUUGAUGUUCUUCAGGGAGACACAUUCUAUGACCUGGUGGAGAGUCAGGACGUGGAGACAGUUAGAUCUAACCUGGAGACAGACAACACAACGGCAACUGCAGAGAGGAGUUUUGUGUGUCAGAUGCACACCUCCAAGGCCUUCAGACAAGAGUACGGUAACUGCUGUUCUAUAAUGGUCCGAGGACGCUACCAGACCAUCCCACAAUCCCCCCAGUCCACCCCCACAUCCUCCCCAGACCGUGGCCGAUCUGGCCCCCCUGUGGAGAUGGUGUUCUUGGCUCUCUGCACACCCACAGUGAACCACCUGGGCAACAGCAUCUUCUCCUCCUGCUCCUCCUCCUUCACCAGCCUCCAUAGACCAGACAUGAGCUUCAGUCACCUGGACGAAAGUGUUGUGUUUUACUUGGGCUACUCAUCGGAGGAGCUGAUUGGUCGAUCGUGGUACAGCCUCCUCCACCCUGAAGACCUCUCCUUGAGUGCCUACUCACAUAAGAGUCUGAUGCAGGCAGACGAGGGUAGGCAGAUGGAGAUGGUUCUGAGGCUCCAACACAGCGACCUCUCAUGGUCCUGGAUCUACACUAGAGCCGCUAAGCAUUCUGGGAACCAGGAAGUGAGCUGCUGUAACUACAUUAUCAGUGAAACAGAAGCCAUGUAUCUGAGGAAAAACAUCCACAGCGAUGCUUUCAGAGCCUCUCCUCCUCAGCCCUACUGCCCCUCUCCCACCCCCCAGCUGACCCAGAGCUGUUGCCCCACCAGGGACCUAAAGAGACAGAGAGAAUUCAGCCAGUGCAGUAGUAUAUCUGAGACUGAGAACAGGUCUAAGACCAGUAGGAGACAGAGAGCAGAGCCAAAUGCUGUAUUCUACGUGACAUCAUGUAGCUCCUCCUCUCAGGCCUCACCUGUCGCCGCCUUCUCCACCCCUCCCUACAGCCCCACCUCCUCCCACUACAACUCCUCCCUCUCUCCAGCACAGCAGGACGACACCAGCUGUGACUCUCUGUUGGAUGUGUAUGGCUACACAGAGAACUUAACCUCCUACUACCAUUGCCCUGAGGGAGGGACUGAGGUAGGGACUGGGCCUUCCUGCCUCCUCUCCCCCUCUAGGUCCUUCCAGCCCGGCUCGGAGCGGUCCUUCCACCAGAGUAUCUUCAGCCAGACUGACGCAUUCUCUCCUCAGUCCUGCCCUUCUUCUCCCCAGCAUGAUUGCCCAGCAUGCCCUGCUGAUGCCCGGCUGGUCCCUGACUGUCUAUCUGUAUCAGACCUGUUAGAGAGUUCAGCAGACUGCCCCAUCACCAUCCAUACUGAAGACUACAGCCUCUCGGUUCAGCCACAAGGUGAUGCCACCAGUCCAUACAGCCUCUCGGUUCAGCCACAAGGUGAUGCCACCAGUCCAUACAGCCUCUCGGUUCAGCCACAAGGUGAUGCCACCAGUCCAUAUAGCCUCUCGGUUCAGCCUCUAGGUGGUGCCACCAGUCCAUACAGCCUCUCGGUUCAGCCUCUAGGUGGUGCCACCAGUCCAUACAGCCUCUCGGUUCAGCCUCUAGGUGGUGCCACCAGUCCAUACAGCCUCUCGGUUCAGCCACAAGGUGGUGCCACCAGGACAUACCAGAGCCACCAUAUACCUCAGACUGUCGCUCCUCCUAUUGGAGGCCUGCUGACCCCUAACCCCUCCCCGACCUCCGACCUCUCCUUCCUCUACAGUGACAGAGACAAGGUAGAGAUCAGUAUCCUAGCCCAGCAGAUCUCCUCUCUGGCCUCCAGCUUCGACCUGUUCAACACCCUGAGCCCCAUCCAGACCCCACGUCAGCCCAGCUCAGAACCCCUUCCCUGGGCACAGCUCCCAGGUCACUCCCCUGUCCCCCUCCGCAUCAAGCCAGAGCUGGUCCUGGAUGAGGGAAUGUUUGAUAGUCUCCUGAAGGAUCUGAGCAUGGUUCAGGGACCUGGGAGUCUGUCUCACUGCUACCAACCUCAGGACCCUUCCACCCUGGCUCUGUCUUCUCUAGUGGACCCUCUAUCCAUGCAGCAGUCAUCCCGCUCUCUCUCCCUCCCCCUGCAACUCCCCUCAUCCCUCUCUCUCUCCCUCCCCCUGCAACACCCCUCAUCCCUCUCUCUCUCCCUCCCCCUGGACCCAUUUCACCCUAACCUGGAUCCCUUCUCUCUGAGGACAAGCUGUCAUAAUCAGACCUCUGAGUUGCAUCAACUCAACCUGCCCCACAGUCUCCAUCAAGAUGGGCGUGUUGAAGAAUCCAUGUACUGAUGUGAGUCUAAAUAGACUUACAGUACUAGCCCUCGUAUGGCAUAUUGUCAUGACUACCAAGUCUUCAAGCCAGAGUCCAAAAUUAAGACUUUUAAAAUAAUAAAUACCUUUUAAAGACUUCUACAAUAUUUAGUAGUUGGUACUUUUCAAGGGAGCACGUUUCCCAAAUAUCUAUUAUUUUUUUAAAUUAAAUUGUGAUGAGAGGAAGUGAAUCUUAUCCAGUGGACCAAACUGCUGAGGAGCUUGUUACUAUUUUGGUGUUGUGUUAACUAUAUUGAUACCUGUUGACUGCUGUAAAUUCACCAUCUGUGUUGAUGAUGAUGUUGUCCUGAUUCUGGUAGCAUUGUACUGCACUGUUACCAUCUAGAAAACUGACGAUCAGAUAUGUAGAUGUUUGUGUGAAUGUCGAGGGACCGUGAUGAUGAUUUACUACUGAGCACUUUCUGGAUGUGUUUGAGCUCCACGCGACGUGGAGACCUCCUCCCAGAAGCAGAAUAGUAGAUUCUAAAAUGCGACCCAAAUGACACACUAUUCCCUGUAUAGUGCACUACUUUUGACCAGAGCCCUAUGGAGAUGUAGGGUGCCAUUUGAUAAACAUCCAUAGGUGUUAAAAAGAUAAUGAAGUAACUACCUCAGUAAUGCCACUACAUUCAUUCCUAGCCUGAAACUACUGUUUAGUAAGUGUGUGUAUUUAUUGGUAGAGAUGACUGUUAUACAUAUUGUUUUAUUCCCGUGUUUUCCCUACUAGUUGUGCUACUGAAAACUCUUUGUUUGUAACCAUUGGUAACCAUUAUUCAGUACAUUUGUCUAGAAUACAUAUGUUGUUUUGAUAAAAUGCUGCUUGGUUGGAUGUAAUUGUACAAAAGGAAAGUAUUUUUGCAAUUGGUUUUCUAAUUUUUUAAAUGCAAGUUAUUAAAACGCAUAAAAUAUGAUUGUGAUGUGAUAUCUUAGUUAUGACAAAAUAAAA